AUGGAAGACUUUCUGUCCAUCGAGACACUGAUUCAGCAUCUCAAUUCUGAGCCUACCUGUUGGCCAUCCAAAGCACAACCGCAAGAAGUACCCGUUCCUCCUGUAUUCUGUCGAUGUGGAAGUGAUCAAAUGCCUGCUACUGGUACUUUUCAUCCACAGUCUGGAUACAUUUUCGGUGUCAGCAGAAAUAAGCUUGAUAGGUUGGAUGGUGAUCCAUAUGCAUAUUGGCAGAAGAUAAGCCACUACUACCCUUUCCAUGACGAAGGUGAAUGGGAGUUAGGGAAGUUCUUGGUUGAAAACCUCACUCAGACUCAGAUCAUCAAGUUUCUGAAGUUGAAAUGGUUUAAUAAUCAUGCAAGGCCAUCCUUCACUACGAAGGACCAACUAUUAGACUGGAUGGACUCACUCCCAUGUUUUACGGAGUGGAAAGUCUCCAAAAUGGAGUUCACAGGCUACAAGACAGUCCACCCAAUUGAGCUCAUUUGGCGUGAUGCACUAGAUGUCAUCAAACAGCUCUUUAGUGAUCCUAUCUUUGCAAACCAUACUCCACAUGUCGUCAAUGUUGGAGAUCAGUGUGAAUGCGGAGAUUACAUGAGUGCCAAUAUGGCCUGGAGAAUACAGGACCAUCUUCCUAUAGAGGCCUCUAUGAUCACUACAGUCACAAAAAAUGCAUCCCCUGUGACCAUGGCAGUGCAAGCGGAUUUUGGCAAUGGGAUACUUCACCCCCCUCAUACCGGGAAGCAUACACUGCAACAGAUUACCAACAUAUCCCGCAAUGUCGAUCCUUGGGGUCUUGACAAAUUCCAAAAAGCAGCCAAAUCUGUCAACCUCUCUGGAGUACAUAUGCCAUACUGGCGUGAUUGGAUCUAUGAAUGUCCGUCCAUCUUCCUCGCUGAGGCUGUAGGAGCUUAUGAGCUUGAUAACCAUUUCAUCACUCAGCACAAGCGGGUUGGUACAUGCCACUUUGCAAAAGGUGUCACACAUGUCAAGCAAAUGACAGGCCAUGAGUACAGAGACAUACAACACACCAUCGUUGCCUCAAUCGCAGGUGCCACUUCACCCCAAUUUGUUCACGCAAUUCGUGCCAUUGUAGAGUUCAUCUACCUCGCACAGAAUCCGGUCCAUUCACCUGAAACACUUCAGUCAAUGGAGCAAGCUCUCUCAGACUUCCACUCCUUCAAGGGCACUAUCAUUGAAGCUGAGGCAAGGAAGGGGAAGAAGGGCGUCAAAGAGAAUUUUUUUAUCCCCAAACUCGAACUACUGCAAAGCUUUAAGGGUACAGUCCAGUGGUUGAGCACUUUGAUGCAGUUCUCAGCCGACAUAACAGAAUGCUUGCUCAUCACCCAUUGUAAGGAUCUUUUCCCGUGGAUGGCCUGGCAAAGCAAAGAUUUUACAGAGCAAUGUAUGCAGAUUCUUAACCGCCAAGAAGCAAUGGAGAUAUUUGACCUGUAUGCACUAAUGACUUCUCGUGGUGUGCCAUUGGUCAAUGCCAUGCAUGCUGAAGAGGACAAGGUUGAGACUAUCAACCCCACACUCUCGUGGGUUUCCCACGUCCUCCCUGAUGAAGUCGAUUCAUGGUCCCCGACCAGUCCAAAACCACCUUCUGAAGGGCAUCCUCUCUGGAGAUGCGCAAACCACUUUUCAAGUGAACGUCACACCAGACUACAGAUCGCUGUCGCUGACUGA